AUGGCUUCCUCACCACGUCGGUCCUCUGAUGCCGAUGGCCAAGACUCUAACGUGACCAUUGUCGGCCGUGCCCGACGCGCCUCACUUUCCGUCAUCAAUGCCAAUCCUCAGCUCGGCAUCUGGCAGGCCGCCGGUACUGCCAUCGCCCAGGCUCCCAACCUGACGGAGCUCCGGGACAUGGACAUGGGCGCCAACAACAUCACAUUCAACUCGCAGGGCCAUUCUGCGCGUCUGGCUGCCGUAUACGAAGACACCGGACGACUUGCGCUGGUCCGCAGCAACACGCGAGUUCUUGACAAGGAGUCUGACCAGGAAAAGGCGCCACCCGUGCGCGUCGCAGAAACGCCUGCAGAAGCUGCUCAGCAAGAGCCGACCGCCAAGACAAAGGAGCACCACCGUCACAGACAUCAUCUGUGGCAUCACAGCCACGGCGAAAGCGAUGGGAAAAAGGCAGACAUUGGGCCAACAAUUAUGCACGGCCUGCAGGCGUUCUGGAAGUUCUUCAUCACACCGGCUGGCUUCCUCAUUACCAUCUACUGUCUCAAUAUUGUCGCAUGGGGUGCCAUGCUCUUCUUCCUGCUACUCAAAGCCGCGCCCGCCAUGAACCAUCCCUCCGCCGAUGACAACUCAUCCCCGCGCAAGAUCUGGCUCGAAAUCGACUCACAGAUCCUCAACGCCCUCUUUUGCGUCACAGGUUUCGGUCUUGCGCCCUGGCGCUUCCGCGAUCUGUACUACUUCAUUCGCGGCGCACACAUGCGCGAGAGGAUCGCCAUGGCCAAGCUCGCCAAGCAGAACCGCGGCUGGUUCCGUCCACCGACUUGGUAUACGGAGAUUCAGGAGACGGAGGGCGAAACAGACGACCAAAUAAAACCGCCCACCUUUACUGGCCAAGUUGCCCCCCCUACGCCCGUCUGGAAACUUGGCUUUACAAUCUGGAUGAUGGUAUGCAACACCCUACUUCAGGCGGUUCUGUGCUUCUUCAUGUGGCACUACAACCGUAUAGAUCGCCCUAGCUGGGCGACGGGUUUAUUCAUCGGCCUUGGUUGCGGUGUCUCAAUGCUUGCCGGUCUUAUGUCUUAUUGGGAAGGGCGUAAAGUCAAGAAGAUUGAGGGCCCUGCCGUCGAGGUUGUUGAGGGUGUAGAGGUGGUUUAG